AUGGCGUCACAAAUGGCGAUCCUCGCCCGGACCCGAUCCCUAUCCAAAACCCUAAACCCAAAACCUAGCUUCUUCAAGACCAUCACCAACUUCUCCUUCCUCUCCCAGGAGCCCCAACUCGCCGCCGCCGAGCCUUCUCCGCCGCCCCAAUCCUCCUCCUCCGUCCCGCUCCCUCCGAACCCGACCUCGUACCCCGAAAACUGGCGCUCGCCGCCGAUCAACUUCUCGGCGGCGGCCUCUCUGCUCCCCUCAGGCUUCCUCGAGCAGUCGCCGAGCUACAAAAUCCAGUCACUCGCGCAAGACCUGGACUCGCCGGGACUGCUCAACGUCUUCGCCGAUUGGAUGACGUCACAGCGGUGGACGGAGAUGAAGCAGCUGUUUGAGGUCUGGAUAAGGUCGAUGGACAAGAGCGGCCGGCCGAAUAGGCCCGAUGUGAGCUCGUAUAAUCACUACCUGAUGGCGAAUCUCAUGAGCGGCGCCACGGCGGCGGAUAUGCUGGAUCUGGUGGCGCGUAUGGAGGACUGCGGCGUGGCGCCGAACACGGCGUCGUUUAAUCUCGUUUUGAAGGCAAUGCACGCCGGCCAGGAGUCCGAGGCUGCUGAGAAAUUGCUCCAACGGAUGUUGCAGACAGGCAAGGCCUCACCGCCUGACGAUGAGUCGUACAACAUAGUUGUGAGCUUGCUGUUGCAAUCGCACCGAAAUGAUGCUGCUUUCAAGUAUAUAGAAUUGACUUUGAAGUCUGGCUAUAUGGUGACAAUGACGGUAUUCCAAGAUUGUGUACAGGCAUGCGUCAACACCGGGAAGUUAGAUACUUUGGUUUCGAUAAUUGACAAGUGCAAGUCAAUGGAUCAGAACAAAGCUCUUUGUCCGCCAUGGAACUUGUGCAACUUUAUUGCGGACGUGGCUUUGCAGGUGGAUAAUAGCAAGUUAGCAGUUCAUGCCUUGCAGUUUAUGGCCAAAUGGAUUGCUAGGGGUGAAGCAGCAAGGCCAGCUGUUUUUCUGCCUGUAGAUGAGGGAUUGCUUGUGUCAGCACUUCAAACUGCUGGCAGGACAUAUAGUACUACUUUACUGGAUGUGUCGUGGGCAAUCUUGCAACGCUCUUUGCGAGGAAAGAAGGUCCCUAAUCCUGAAUCUUUCCUUGCGAAGAUAUCUGCCCUUGCAUCGCUGGGGGAGCUGCAGAGAGCUUUUCGUACUCUUUCUGAGUUUGAGAGUGCUUAUGCUAAUUCCGGCAAAGAAAUAGAAGAGGAAUUGUUCUGUCCAUUUACCUCUUUAUAUCCAUUGGUUGUGGCAUGCUCCAAGAAUGGUUUUGAAACUUUGGACACGGUGUAUUUUCAAUUAGAGAGUUUGAGCUGUGCAGACCCUCCUUACAAGUCUGUUGCUGCUUUGAAUUGCAUCAUAUUAGGCUGUGCAAAUAUCUGGGACCUUGACCGUGCUUACCAAACUUUUGAGGCAAUUAGUUCCACCUUUGGAUUGACCCCUGAUAUUCAUUCUUACAAUGCUCUUAUGCAGGCUUUUGGAAAGCUCAAGAAGACUUCAGAAGCUGUGAGAGUAUUUGAACACUUGGUGAGUUUGGGUGUCAGACCCAAUGCAAUGUCAUAUUCAUUACUUGUAGAUGCUCAUCUCAUCAACAGAGAUCCAAAAGUUGCCGUUUCUGUAGUCAAGGACAUGGUAAAAUCUGGGUUUAAACCUUCAAAAGAAACACUAAAAAAGAUCAAGAGGCGAUGUAUGCGAGAGAUGGACUAUGAGAGUGAUGAUCUUGUGGAAGAAUAUGCCAAAACGUUUGACCUUCGAAUGGAUGGAGAGGCUCGCAGGAACAGAUUGUUUGAACUUAAAUUUAAUAGCACUACGUAUGCAUAAUAGCAGCCGGGUUCACUGAGUGAAGAUGCCGUCUGCUUCACUGAGAUUGGAAAAAUCCGACAGAACAUGAGAUCCAGCUCCGUCUGGCAAUGUGACUUUCAUCCGUAUCUGUAUAUUACUGUGUGCUCAAUUUUGAUGAUUUCGUCGUCUGUAUUGUUUUUGUGCUUUUUUGAGGAAGAUUGAAAGAGCUGUAGAUUGUUAGACAGAAAGAAAAUAUUUUAGCGUCGCUAAUAAUUAUGGGAUGAUUAUGUCUCAUUCGUUUUU